UUGCAACAAAAUUUCGCAAUAAACUUGAAGAAUCUGCCCGGAAUAAAACAUGUCACAAGUUGCAGAAAUCUCACCAGUGUGUGAAAAUGGAAAUGCGAAAGAUGUAGAAGCUAAAUCGAAAGAAACUAAGGACAUUAAAAUGAAUGCAUCUGCCAAUGUCUCACAUGAGAUUGAAAAUAAAGAUGAGCAGCAAUAUUUGGAGUUGAUAGAUAAAAUCAUUAAGACAGGUGUUGAUCGUGGUGAUCGCACUGGUGUGGGUACUGUAUCCAUUUUUGGUGCUCAAAUGCGUUUCGAUAUGCGUCAGUCGUUUCCAUUGCUAACUACUAAACGGGUGUUUUGGCGUGCAGUAGCCGAGGAACUUUUAUGGUUUGUACAUGGGUGCACGGAUGCCAAAAUAUUGCAGGAGAAAAAUAUACACAUUUGGGAUGGAAAUAGUGAUCGUAAGUUUUUAGAUAAACUAGGUUUUACUGAACGUGAAGAGGGUGAUUUGGGACCAGUUUAUGGAUUUCAAUGGCGUCAUUUCGGUGCAAAAUAUCGCACGUGCCAUGAUGACUAUUCCAAUGAAGGUGUUGAUCAGCUGAAGGAGGUCAUCAAUACCAUACGUACUAAUCCCAAUGAUAGGCGUAUUAUAAUGUCGGCCUGGAAUCCCAUCGAUAUACCACAAAUGGCUCUACCACCUUGCCACUGUUUGGCCCAAUUCUAUGUAGCCAACGGUGAACUAUCAUGCCAGCUGUAUCAGCGUAGCGCUGACAUGGGUCUAGGUGUACCAUUUAAUAUUGCUUCAUAUGCUUUGUUAACCUAUAUGAUUGCACAUAUUACUGGCCUAAAACCAGGUGAUUUCAUUCAUACCACUGGAGACACGCAUGUUUACAAGAAUCAUAUUGAACCCUUAAAGGAGCAACUAAAACGAAAGCCUCGUCCUUUCCCCAAAUUAAAUAUAAAAAGAGAGGUCAAGGAAAUAGAUGAUUUCAAAUUCGAAGAUUUUGAAGUUGUUGACUAUAAACCAUAUCCAAAAAUAGAAAUGCAAAUGGCUGUUUAACUGCGGAGCAAACAUGACUAUAUGAAUCUUAAUUUUUUUUAUAAAAUACAAUAUAAGUAUUAUUUUUUUAUUUUCUUAAAUUGGAUGUGGAUAAUUUGAAUUUAUAAUUACUAUUUAUUAUAUUGCUAUACUCCAAUAUUAUUUACCCGUUCUGUAAACCAAAACUGCGUAACGUUUUUGCUUUAAAAACGAAUUCACAUAUUUUGGUGUUCUCUGUUAUUUGAAACUACAUGAUUAACCCACAUAAAGAUUUAAAACUAAUUUUCUUUUCCUUUUUCAAUUUACAAAAUCGUGUAAUUUGCAGAAUAUAAAUUUUUCUACUUUUUUUAAUACACUCAUUUUCUAAGCCACUGCAGAAAAGGGACGAUACUUGUUUUUCGACGGAAGUGGAAAAUUUACUAUCUAUGAUUUUUUAUUUCUUUAGUUUCGAAACUAAUUUCGUGUUUUAUUUUUUUACAUUUUUAAAAGUGUGUUUUGUAUGUACUUAUUAAAAUAAAAAAUAUUUUUAAUAAUUUUUU